GUCAGCCGCCCUGUUGAAUGAAGCGCCGCAGAAACGUGCAGACAGGAGGAAGCUGGGAAGGCGCCGCAAGGAGGAACAGAAGCACAGCCACACGACCGCGGGGCGGGCUGCUGUGGUGGUCGGACACCGGUUAUCUGUCGACCAGAGGCGGCUGGCUCUCUCCCGGAGCUCGGUGUCGGAGAGUGAAUGAGGUUGAUGCUGCUCUGCUGCACCUGGAAGGACGAACGCAUGGGAGAGGAGGAAGCUGGAGGAAGUUUGCCCGUCUGUGCGGGAUGCAAACAGAGGAUCUACGAUGAGCAGUACCUCCAGGCCCUCAGUGCUGACUGGCACACCGUCUGCUUCAGGUGUUGUGAGUGCAGCGCCUCGCUGUCCCACUGGUAUUAUGAAAAAGAUGGGCGGCUUUUCUGCAAGAAGGACUACUGGGCCAAAUUUGGGGAGCUGUGCCAUGGCUGCAAUGACCCGAUCACCACCGGCCUUAUCAUGGUCGCAGGGGAACAGAAAUAUCACCCCGAAUGCUUCACCUGUCUGAACUGCAGGGCGUUCAUCGGUGAUGGAGACACAUACGCUCUGGUGGAGAGAUCCAAGCUCUACUGCGGUCACUGUUACUACCAGACCAUUGUCACCCCGGUGUCGCUGCCGGACACGCCAUGCUCACGGAUCCCGCACACGGUCACACUUGUGUCCAUCCCAGCCUCCGCUGAGGGCAACAACGGACGCAGAGGGCGAGGUUUCUCUGUAGCCAUCGACCAGCCGCUCAGCCCAACCAAUGGCUGCAGCCCUGAACACGGACCUACUGUCAGAGUCUCCCAGGUGGACACAGACUGCAUCAGCCCCGAUGUGAAAAACUCAAUUCAUAUUGGAGAUAGAAUCCUUGAAAUCAACGGGACGCCCAUUCACCAUGUCCCUCUGGAUGAGAUCGACCUGCUGAUCCAGGAGACAAGCCGGCUGCUGCAGCUCACCAUCGAACACGACCCUCACAGUCAGGGGCAAGAGGGAGACUCCUCAGAGGCUGAAGUGGACGGCCCCCUGUCCACCCCACUAUCAGAGGGCCCCAGCCCCAUCCUACCCAUCACACAGCCACCCAACCAUGAUAUAAACAGCCUGAGAUCCCGCAUCAUCACGAGGAGCUGCAGCAUUGAUAAGUCACCAGGCUCCAGCAAUGCAGCGUCCCCCAUCUCCAAUAGGAAGGACAUCAAUCGAUCAGAGUCGCUCCGCGUCGUGUCCAAUCAGACGCACCGCAUCUUCCGCCCAUCUGACCUCAUCCAUGGAGAGGUGCUGGGGAAGGGCUGCUUUGGACAGGCCAUCAAGGUGACCCACAAGGAGACAGGGGAGGUGAUGGUGAUGAAGGAGUUGAUUCGCUUUGAUGACGAGACACAGAGAACCUUCCUGAAAGAGGUGAAAGUCAUGCGUUGCCUGGAUCACCCCAACGUGCUCAAGUUCAUUGGAGUCCUCUACAAGGACAAGAGACUCAACUUCAUUGCAGAGUACAUAAAGGGAGGCACCUUAAGGGAAAUCAUUAAGAAAAUGGACAGCAACUAUCCCUGGAACCAGCGGGUCAGUUUUGCCAAGGACAUAGCUGCUGGGAUGACAUAUCUGCAUUCCAUGAACAUAAUCCACCGGGACCUGAACUCAUACAACUGUCUAGUCCGAGAGAACAACUCAGUGGUGGUGGCAGACUUCGGGCUGGCUCGGCUGAUGGUGGACGACAAGCACGAUGACAAGUUGUCGCAGGGCAAACUGCCCAGCCUGAAGAAGCAUGACCGCAGAAAGAGGUACACCGUGGUGGGAAACCCCUACUGGAUGGCUCCUGAGAUGAUCCACGGGAAGAGCUACGAUGAGAAAGUAGACAUCUUUUCCUUUGGCAUCAUGCUCUGCGAAAUAAUUGGCAGGGUAAACGCAGACCCAGACUACCUCCCCAGGGCGAUGGACUUUGGACUGAAUGUGUCUGGCUUUCUGGAGCACUUCUGUCCCCCUGAUUGUCCCCCCUCCUUCUUCCCCAUGGCUGCUGUGUGCUGUGACCUUGAUGCAGACAAACGGCCAGCAUUCUCCAAACUGGAGGAGUGGCUGGAGAACCUGAAGAUGCACUUGGACAUUGGUCUACCGCUGGUGUCGGAAGUGGAUCAGCUGCACAAGGCCUUCUGGGAGAACCACAGCAUCACUCGCCCUGAAAACGGCCUGCACACCCACCCUGAACAGCCAGAGUAGGGCUUAACACAACUGGAGGAGUUUGAAGUUAGAGUGAACCCCACAGGGCAGUGAACGCCUGACUCUGGCAGAGCAGUGGCUGGAGGAGUCGUGUAAAUACUCCUCCAUGUCUGAAGCUGCGGGCGCAGGCUCGCUCAGGCUUAAUGAGCAGACUCAGGGGGAAAUGUGGAUCUGAAAAAGCCACCUGUGCAAGAAGCACACAUAUACACACACACACACACACGCAUUCAAAGUCAAAUCAAGAGACAUUGAACAUGAUAGCUUGAUUUUGCUGCACCCGAAACUAAAGUGUCAUAUGCAAUCAGACAAACUUUCAAAUCAUGACUCAAGUCUUAAAUCAUGUAGAUUUAAUCAAGAAUACUUACUGUACUUACUGUAGUGUGUAUAUUCAUAUGGAGAAAGUAGUCCAAAAAUCAAGGCAUACGGCCUCCUCACUUUGGUCCUCUACAGAGUACAUUGUGCAGUAUGUGUUUGCUAGCGGUUCUGUGUGAGUUUGGUUUGAUUUGAUUUUGAUUUUGGUUUGUAUAUCAAAACGGAACUUGUGAAAAAUGCAAAGGAGAGGGGCCCGCCAGUCGCUUAAGACAUAAAGGUUGAGAUCAACUUGUUUUCCACUACGAGUCAAACAAAACCUUUUAAGCUUUAAAUAGUUCACUGAGGAGUGCAUGAGUGUAAAUAAUGCUGUCCUGGUUCACCGUGUCCCUCUGAGCACAUUUGGUCAUAAACUACAAGACCUACGUGUGUCUGGGCCCCUCUCCCCCAUUAAUUGUGUAGCACUGACCAAACAUUAAGGAACACAUCUUUUGCAUAGAUUUGGUAUGUUUUCUCCCAAUUUAAAGAGCGGUUAGCGUAUCACAUUCAUAUUGACGUGGCAUAUUAUCCAUUAAAACACAUGCCAGUGUACAUAGCUGGCGACAUUGUAAAUGUUUUAAAUAUUGUAAAUGUACAGACAUAUUUUAUAUACGUACGCUACAUUGCCAUAUUUUUAUUGGCCGACCAGUUGAAAUUAAGAAGAGUUCCAGUUUGACAGAAGUCAAAAGGGCACAGCUGAAAGCUUCAUUGUUUUGUUUUUUUCUACAUUGUCACAACUGUGGCUGAGGUUAGGGGCUUUAGCAUUUGAGAUAAUCCAAUUACCACAAACUGUCCCUUACCCUUAUUUCAAACUCAGUAAAUGUUACAUUAUGUAAUUUCCCCUAUCCAAAAAGUGUUUCUAAACAUUUGAUUGGUCCUCUUGGAGUUCAUGCACCCAUAGAGGUGUGCUGGAGUAAACUUAAUUGUAAUACUGGAUUAUCUAUUCAUACUAAACUUGCUGAACUAAAUCGGCAUAUUAUGAUCAACUCUAAUUACAUAUGAUUUGAGAAUUUUAGGGGAAUCAAUCUAUUGUUAAUUAUUCACUCUUUUCUCAUGUACUGUAAAGUAGUACUGCCUCAUCAUGUCAGCUGUCUUUCCACAUAUUUGUCUCACGUCCUGUGGAUGAUCCACUGUUUGUUUACAUGUAAAUGCUAGCUGUACAUAUCACUGUAUAUAUGUGUCUGUCCUGGCAUCUUUCUGUGUUCAUUGCAUAAAUAUGGGCACUCCUCAAAUAUCAUCUCUUCCCCUGUCAGAUAGCUCUCUUGCACCUUCUAACAUUUUCUGUCUCUAAUCUAAAAAUCUUUUAUUUUAUUUUUAUUUCCUUCUGUGGUUUUCAUGAGCUGCAUGAUGUACUAUGUUGGUUCGCUUCUAAACAGAGCUAUUUUUGUCUCUAAAUGAUGUCAUUUUAAAUAAGAAAACAAAAUGAAAGAGUCAAGCUAAAAAAGAAAUAUUAAAAAAACGCACCAUCUGUUUUUUUUAUAUAUAUAUAUAACCACUGAUCCUUUUGUAUACAUUUGAGUACUUUAAUUUGCACUAUAUUUCCAAAUGGUUGGUUAAAGCCAUGUUUGUUAAUUUCCUUUCUUGGGCUACUUGUGAUAAAGAAAUAAAAUAUGUCAGUUCAGGUUGAUAUAUGAAUGCAAGACACUGAUGGAGCCUUUCAACUGUAAAAAUGGGACCUGGGAUAUUCUUUCUCUUGAUAGCAAACAGUUUCUGAGUAUUUAAAUGCAUUUCUGUGCAUGAGUCAAUUUUUAAAUACAGUUUUAGCAGGACCCCUUUUUAUCCCUCAGUAUCUUAAAGUCAAAGAAAGAAUGACUAUAUUUAGCUUUUUAAGCUUGUCUGUAAGUCUGCAGAAUGUCUUUGCUACCAAGAGGAUGUGAUGUCCCAGCUCUGCCUGCUGCCUAUAGACUGUUCCUUUGUGAACGGUGUUCUGCGUUGUUUCUGACUGCUUGGUUUCGUAUGUGAUGCCCACAGCGGCUGCAACUACUGCUGGUCUUUCUGAUAAUAGAGCACUUAAACUGGCCUUUCUCACUUCCUCAUCACCCGCUUUUGGCUCAGGGCCCUACUUUUCUGGAGCUUACUUCACAAUUCAGUUAAUUCAGCAGCUUAAUAGGAAAGCAGCAUUUAACAGUAACAGUGAGACUUGUUAGAGAGCAUGUAACUUUCUGUCAAUGUGUAGCUUGAUAACAAAAAAUAUGCUUCUGUAAAACCAGCCCCUCUUGGUUAAUGUGUUUGUCCGCGGGCAUGUUGUGUACACGAGUGGCUUUGCCAUGUUUCUCCUCCAUUCCGGUCUGAGCCAUGUCGAGCAUGUCUGGUGUGUCUGUGAGGACGUGUUGAGGAUCAUUGAGAAUGUUGCCACAGCACUUCUCUGCAAAGGAUCGUUACCUCUGAACAAUGCUGUGCCUUUGUUGUAAGCUAGCCUUGCCAACGACUCGAAAAACGUGAACUGAUUUCUUUUUUUAUGUAUCAUAAGUGCAAGCCUGUGGAUUGAAUAUCAUUGCUGAUACUAUGAUGUAUUAUGUUUUAUCUUGUUCUGUAUCAUAUUUAUAUUUUCCAGAUUUCCAUUGUUAGUUUUGAUAUUUUAAUAUUAUAUUUCUUUUCCUUUUUUUGGUCGUAUUUAAUUUUUUUACACAAGCUGUGAAAACAAUUCUGCACUUUAAUCCUGAACGUGAACAUUUAGACUCUGAGGAGGCGACUUUUUUUUUCUCUCCUUUGGUCACAGCUAAAAAUAAAACUGUUGCUUCUGAAACAA